AUGGCCGAACAGAUUACGCACAAACGUCCGUUGAGGAUCAAGCUGGAUAAGGAGGGACGAAAGCAAUUGCAUGAUUUUUACAAACUUGAAGAGGCAUCUAACGCAUCUCGCAAAACAGAUGUUCCAGAAGCCGUGGAAACAAUUGAUACAGAAACAAAAGAUGGGCCUGAAGCUGAUAUAAGUAGCAUUGCCACUGGGGAAACUACAUGCCAGGAGAUAAGCCUGCCUACGGUUGGAGAAGCUCGACUUUCAGAGCUGGUUCAUGCACACAACGACCUUUCAAGCAAGAAAGCCGCAAUGAACAACACUAUCAAAAACACGAUUUACGAAAACUACUACGAUCUUAUUAAAGUCAAUGAAUUGUUGCACAGCGUCAGCUAUGGUGAAAACGAGCAUCUGGAGAAGUUGAAAGAAGUUUUUGAAUCGCUGGAGCGUUGA